AUGCGAGACCUACUUGCCGCCGCCACCCACGAAGACUUAUCACACUCACAGGUAUUUACUCUUAUCACUGUGAUAACUGGGAAUCUGUGCUUGUGGUCUGAGAAUCUAAGAUUCACAGAAACUAUGCUUCAUGCUUGUUUAACUUCAAAUUCUUCUGAAGUCAAUGUGGAAUUGCCAAUAACUAAUGUUGCUAUUCCAAUUCCAGAAAAUGUAGAUGUUCCAAUUCUAGAAAAUUUUGAUGUUCCAAUUCCGAAAAAUGUCAAUGUUCCAAUUCCGGAAAAUGUCAAUGUUCUAAUCUCUCAAACACAAUUUCAAAGAAUUGACCUUGAUUCUUUGGAUUAUGAUCCCGGAACACGCAAACAAAUAUUGGAAUAUCAUGUUAAUCAACGUGAUGAAAUUCGACGGGCUUACAUUAUAAAAGGUCCGCACCAACCUCCUCUAACGACAUUCAAAAAAAGUGGAAAGCACAAUUGUAACUUUCAAGCUUCUUGGUUUGGAAAUUAUUCAACAUGGCUUGAAUAUUCUCCUACGAUGGAUGCAGCUUAUUGUCUACCAUGCUUUGUCUUUUAUAAUUCCAAUGGGAUUAUGGGACAAAAUACAUUCAUUAUUGGUGGAUUUAGAAAUUGGAAAAAGGUUGGGGGCAAAGAUUGUUAUUUUCAAGGUCAUAUAGGAAAAGAUCCUAACUCAGUUCAUAGAGUUGCUGAGCAAAUGUGUAAGGAUUUGAUGAACCAAUGGCAACAUUUACAAAGGGUAGUUAAUCAUUUCACUACUGAACAAAUUGCAAAUAAUCGAUUGCAACUGAAGGCCACAGUUUUUAUUGUCCGAUAUCUUGCCUUUCAAGCUAUAGCUUUUAAAGGUCGAGAUAAAAGUUUUACUUCAUUAAAUCGUGGCAACUUUUUAGAAUCAUUGGGUAUUGUGACUUUUUGGAAUGAGAAGGUUGCUAAAAUAAUAGAAAAAGCUCCCAAAAAGGCAACCUACACAUCACCUAGGAUUCAAAGGGAAAUUCUACAUGUUUACUCAAUCAAAUUGAAGAAGGUCAUUCGGGAAGAAAUUGGUGAUGCAAAGUUUUGCAUAAUGGUUGAUGAAGCUCGUGAUGAGUCCAUGAAAGAGCAAAUGGCUGUGAUUUUUAGAUAUGUUGAUGCAGAAGGCUUUGUGAAAGAACGUUUUUUAAGGCUUAUUCAUGUUGUUGACAUUGCUGCUUUGACUCUAAAGAAGGGGAUAUAUUCUUUGUUACCUCAACAUUGCUUAGAUAUACAAAAUAUUCGAGGGGAAGGAUAUGAUGGAGCAAGCAACAGGCGAGGUAUGUGA